AUGUCUCAAGCAUUGGUCCAUAGGAAUGGUACCAUCUGGCGAGAAGUCGUCAUCAGAGCUGCCAAAUUGAGCCUCCUCGCAGCUCUCAUUUCUGCUUUAUCGUUAUGGUUCGAUCCAGAGCAGUGGAUUUACUUCGGUGCCGUACACUGCAUCUGUUUCAACAGUUUACUGACGGUCCCAUUCGUCAGAAGGCCGAAGACGGCUCUUGCUGGAUUCUUAUUCAUACAGACGUACACCAUGGCCUUUGGUGCUUGCCCGAUUGAGGUCCCGCUUGAGUUACCCACUCUAGAUGUCAUGCCUUG